GGAAGAGAGAAUAUUAUGAAAGUUCUUAUUGUUUUCCUACUGGGUACGGCUCAUGUCCUGGCCGACGAACAUGGCCACGAAGGGAACUACGUGGUUAAGAGCCACGAUGAUCUGGAAUCCUAUCGGAACGCUUGCCACGAGAAGAUCCGCGCAACGGAGGACAUAUGGGCGAAGUACAAGAAUAUUGACGAUGCGCUGGUCCACUGCUACUUGGCCUGUGUCUUGGAGAAGUUUGGUGUCUACGACCGCGAGCACGGCUUCGAUGUGCACAAGUUGCAUAUGCAGCUAGCGGGACCCGGCGUCCAAGUGGAUCAUUCGGGUGAAAUGCACCAGAAGAUCGUCCAGUGCAUCGAGUCCCACAAGGAGGGCGACUUCUGUACCAAGGCCUACAACGCCGGCACUUGCUUUAUGAACGCCAAUUUUAAACUAGUCCCAGUAUAGACGUCUGUGCAGGAGUCUCCAGACAAUAGUCGCUAAUAAAUAUAAUCUUUGAAAUAUUCAAACAAAA